AUGACGUGGGCGCCGGUUCCUUCUUGCGUUGAGAGCACAUGGAUUUACGAACUGGAAGUGUGUGUAGGCGCGAAACUGCGCCCACGACAAAGCGACCAGGAUUCGCGACCGAGAUCCGAACACGGAGGGGAAGGCCGUGGAGGGGAAGGCCGAUGUGUGCGGGGUGGGAGCCCCGUACGAGGCGGCACACCUCGGUCUGAUUACCAGCACCGGCGAUCGGAGACGCGUACGGAGAGUGUUGGGAGGCCGGAUAGCGGGAGAUCGGAAGGGGGUAGAUCGGAAGGGAAAUGGGAGUGGACGAUUGACUGUACGGAAGAAGCUAGUUACAAUGUGAGUAAAUACGAAGAGGACUUGGCAUUUGAUCAAAGACGAAAUGGAUUCAGUAUAUUCCUGUGGGACGUGAUUGCCUUCUGGCGUGGGCUGUAUUCAUCUUUGGAGCGCCGUAUGGAGAAAUGGGUACCUCCGAACGAAGACAUGAGUCUGUUGGUUUCUAGCGUAUUAAGACGGGAUCUCGGUCUUGGUUAUGUAGACGCUUUGAUUGGUUUUAUACCGUUGAUGGAAGUGGUGCUGAACGCGUGGCGGCAUGGGAAUCACUGGUCCCGGAUCAAGGCGUUUAAUGACCUGACAGCUGACUCAUCAUCAACGGGCUCAGGAACCAUGAUGCUGCACAUUCCGGCCAAGCUGCGAACUGUGAAGUACAAGUUGAUUGAUCUCAAAAAGGAGUUGAUUUUGUACUACGGCUAUCAGCUACAGUCCACUGAAGACGCGAAUACUUACACGUUCGGCAUAAGCAAUGGAGGUGUGUUGAGCUCGUCUGUUCUUUCUGUGAUGAAGGAGGAACACGAGUUCGUGUACGAAGUUGACGAAGCUUUCGUGCUGAAUACGCCGUACAAUGGGAUCAUUUUUGAAGCACUGAUCGGUACAGAAAUAGAAGCGAAGUACGACGACGUAUUCCCGAAGUUUUACAACAUGUACAUGAGCGCUAUCCAGGAGUACCCACGCAAUCUAUUUGAACGGAAAUACCUGCAUCGAAAACAGCGCAUCGUGUUCAGCUUCAAAGCCCCUGGUCUCUGCCAGUGCGAACAAGGCCGCUGCAACUGUGGCCGCUGCACCGGCCGCGCCCCGGACAAGUUUGGAGCGACCCGGAGAGGUUACGACGACCUCAUUUCGCCGACGUACGACUCGCCGUCUGCUAGGUCCAGAAUCAGUAGUGGUGGUAGUUCCCACAUGAGUGGAUUGUGUGGUCCUUAUUCCGGGAAUGUCCUGACUAGGUUUGCGGUAGAAGUGCAUGCAACUGUGAACCUCCAGCCGUUGCGUAACGAAGGCUUAUGGACACUGUUGCAAGAACUGAAUAAUGAAGGAGGCAUGUUUAUUCUGAGAGCUAAGAAACAGAACAUGUAUAUAUCUUAUCAGCAUAACGGCGGUCCUUUUAUCAACGGAAACACUCAGUGGCGAAAAAGCCGCCGUAUCAACAUCUGGAAGUGUAUUGGGCGAAUCAAGUCCAGACUACAAUUUGAUGACGACUUGGAUGAACCACGACCAAGACCUCCCUGUUCUGGUCGCUACAAAAUUCGAGAUUUACUCGCCACAAAUUACGACCAAAGCCGAGCGUCAUUCCUCAACUUGUUUUGCCGCAAUGAUGACAAUGAAAUUGAACUUCACACCGACGAAGAUGACAACUACCGACUAGAUGAAAUGACCGACGUACACUGCUUACAAAUAGAGCCCGGUACACAAAUACAGGUCAUCAAGAUACCCGCCCCACCCCUGAAUACGAAUCAUACCUACUGUCCGAAGACAACACCCUCGGCUAUCUCCACGACAGACUCCGCAACACCCGAGCAGUGUGUCAUUGCCGACGCCACUUACGCCGAAAUGAAGCAAGCUCAGUGUGUGCAAGCUCAGUGUGUGCAAGCUCAACUAAGAACACAUACUUAG